UUUCACGAGGGCAGUGUGGCCGCUUGGGGAGUGUGUGAAAGCGAGCUCUCGCCUUCUUACUCUCCGGGGGGCCUGUUGUUUUUCUUGGAUGGAAAUAUUCUGAGAGGAAAGCGAGGAAAAAUAAAUUAAUUUAGAGAUGGAAUUUCGAGUGAUAUUAGUGGCGAUUCUGUUCUUCAUCUCAUCGGUAGCUACUGGAAUUGGAGCUGGAAUAGGGGAGGAUUACGUCCGGCCCAAGCCCCGGAAAGCCCUAACUUUUCCAUGGAAGCGGAAGCAGUCCUCGGAGCCCCAGCAAGUUCACAUUUCUUUGGCCGGGGAAAAACAGAUUAGAAUAUCAUGGAUCACUGAUGAUGAAACUUCUCCUUCUAUUGUUAAAUAUGGAACUUCACCUGGAGAGUACACUUAUUCCUCUGAAGGAGAAAGCACAUCCUAUAAUUACUUAUUGUAUAGUUCAGGGGAAAUACACCAUGUUGUUAUUGGACCUCUUAAAGAUGACACAGUUUAUUAUUAUCAGUGCGGGGGACGAGGACCAGAAUUUCAUCUUAAGACCCCUCCCUCUCAGUUUCCUAUAACAUUUGCUGUAGUUGGUGAUCUUGGUCAGACAGGGUGGACAACAUCAACUUUAAACCACGUAGCUCAGUGCAAGUAUGAUGUGCAACUUGUUCCAGGGGAUCUCUCAUAUGCUGAUUACCAGCAGCAUCUAUGGGAUUCUUUUGGCGAACUGGUGCAGCCACUUGCUAGUGCUAGACCAUGGAUGGUAACAGAAGGAAACCAUGAGAAGGAGAGAAUAUUAAUCUUUAAACCUGGAUUUCAAGCAUACAAUGCUCGGUGGAAGAUGCCUUAUACAGAAAGUGGAUCUACAUCAAACCUGUAUUAUUCUUUUGAAGUAGCAGGAGUCCAUGUCAUUAUGCUCGGUUCUUAUACAGAUUAUGAUAAAAACUCAGAUCAGUAUGCUUGGCUUAAGGCUGAUCUUGCUAAGGUGGACAGAGAAAAGACACCAUGGCUGCUAGUGUUAUUGCAUGCACCAUGGUAUAACAGCAACUGGGCUCAUCAAGGCGAAGGGGAUGGCAUGAGGGCUGCGAUGGAACGCUUGCUUUAUGCUGCCGGUGUUGAUAUUCUUGUUGCUGGACAUGUGCAUGCUUAUGAACGUUCAGAACGUGUCUACAAUGGUGGCUUGGACCCUUGUGGAGCUGUACAUAUAACUAUUGGAGAUGGAGGCAACAGGGAGGGUCUGGCUCAAAGAUAUAUUCAGCCAAGACCAGACUGGUCAGUUUUCCGUGAAGCAAGUUUUGGUCAUGGUGAGCUGGAGAUCAUAAAUAAGACUCAUGCCUUUUGGAGUUGGCACAAGAAUGACGAUGAUGAACCAGUAAAAUCAGAUCAAGUCUGGAUCACCUCAUUAGUGAGUUCUGAAUGCUUUGCUAAUAGGAAGCCAGAGUUCAGGAAGAUUCUGAUGGCUCCUUAAGUCUGGAAAUUUCAGCAGUACCACCCAAAGGAAUCUAAGGGUUUCAGCUUAGUUCAACAAGGAUUAUGUUCGAGAAGUUCUUCUAGCACCAAUUAGUCCUAUCAAAUAUCUUGUCUUUCCAGCAUGGUACACUAGUAUGUACAAAGCCUUGAACUUGAUACUUGAUGCUGUAUGACAUGUAGCAUUAUUAGAGUUGGAGCCUGUACUUGUUAGCAUAAACUCUAGUUUCUUAGCUAAUGCAAGAACUCAUGGUUGUUCAAAGUUAGAUGCAACCGAGGCAGAUGAGUUGAGUGGCUUGAUGUAAAUUAUUUGCUAUUAAUAAGUAUGGACGAUGGUUUCUAAGGUUGCAUUGA